AUGGAGUUCACUACCGUCGUGGCAGUCGCCUUCGCCACCAUGGUCAGCGCCCAGAGUCGUAGCGACAUUCCCGAGUGCGCGCUGCACUGCCUCGACGACGCCGUCAAGGACAUCAAGUGCUCCACCGACGACUUCGCUUGCAUCUGCCAGCACGUUUCGGCCAUUCAGUCCGAUGCCACCAGCUGCAUUCUUGAGAAGUGCGGCAGGGACAUUGCCCUGAACAAGGUAGUCCCCGCCACCCAAGCACUCUGCAGGACUGCCGGCAAGGGCUCUUCUGGGCCGUCGUAUGCUCCCAUUAAGACCGGCAGCGCCUCGACCACCGACGCCGGCAAGUCCAACGGCACCAGUCUUGCUUCAAACACUGUCAAGGCUGACGCCGCUGGCGUCAACUCCAUCGCUGGUCUUGCUCUGUUGGCUCUCGGUGCUCUGGCUCUGUAA